UUUGAAUUCACGAACUUACUGACUACGCCCGAUUGUUGGAAUAUUAAUGACUCGAGUUGUAAAUUACAACUUGUAAUUUACAAAUAUUAUAAAUAAUGUUCGUUGACGAAAAGUAAUGCAAAAUUAUUUGUGCUGCACACAGCACACCGCACCGCACCACUCUUUUUAAGGAGUGAGUACACAAACACAUGUAGAAGAUGCAGUGUCAGUGACACUGUGUCACAUUUCCCAGAAUUAUUCGACUGAAAGAAUUUUUCCCAUCAGUGAGCACAUUGCCUUGAAAUCUGAUGUUCGAGUUAGAUUUUUAAGUGUUUUUAAGUGUUGAAAGCCUACGAAAAAAUAAGACCAUGACACCAACCAUUGUAACGGACGGAGAUGAUGCUGAUGUCGCCAGGUUGAAAGAUACCAUUUCCAGUCUUGCUAAACAACUUGACAUUCUUCAGAAAUUUCUCCAACUCAAGUUUGGAAGGGAAUUUGACGUUUUUCUUAGUGAUAAGAACGAAAUCUCUGCAACCACACCCAUUUGCCACCAGGAUACUGCACAACUUGAUGAUAUAAAAGUAUUCGCCGAGCCUCCAAUAUUAAUCCAAAAUCAUGAAUUCAAAUGUGAUGUAGAUGAACAAGUCGCUGAAAAGCGUGUCCAUGAGACUGUCAGCAACGAUACAACACCUGGCACUAAAGAGCCCAAGGCCUCCAAACCCAAACUGAAAUCAAGAAAUCCAACUCUCGGAACAAGAAAAAUAUGUGGUGUCCCCAUUAAGAAGAAUAAAGCCGGAAACGUCAUAUGUUCAUUGUGUCACAAGGAAUUUUUGGGACCUCAAGCAUCUCGUAAUUUAAGGAAUCAUUUAGAAGUUCACAAUACAGAUCGUAAAUAUGACUGUCCACAUUGUCCCAAAAAAUUUUCUCAGAAAAGACCACGAAGAACACACAUCCAGAGAAUGCAUCAGAGAGAUAAAGUCCUAAUUCAUGGCUGCUUUUCAUGCGAGAAGAAGUUUUGUUCUCCACAAGAGUUAACAAUUCACGAAAGAAUACACACAGGGGACAAGCCGUUCGCCUGUGAUAAGUGCCAGUACAAAUGCUCUCAACUUCACAACCUGUUAAGGCAUCAGCAAUCCAUUCAUUAUCAUGAAAAGUUAAUUUGCUAUCAAUGUGGAAAGUCUUUCGCAUCAAAAAGGGGACUAGCUCAGCAUGAAGAGAAACAGCAUUCAUCCGACGACCCCUUUGGAAUUGAACAAAGGAAAAUUUCCUGUGACAUCUGCCAAGAUCGAUUUGUCAGUAAACAAGCCUUAACUAAGCAUUUAAAAACCGUGCACAAUAUAAUUCCGGAUAGUAAACCAAGACCAAGCAAAGCGAAAAAAACGAAAAAAAAUCAAGCUGACCCGGAAACAAGUUUUUCUGCGAUUGAAGUGACUCUUGCUGAGGUGGAAUUAGAAGAAGUGCCCUAUGCAUGAUUAAAGUCAUGAAACAAUUAAUGUUCUUACGUAAAAGACGGAAUUUAAUUUGCAAGCAGCAGCGUGCUCCCAUUUAUUUUGUGUUUUAUAAUUUUAUAAAAAACAAGUAGUUUACUCUGUUGACAAACUAUAUUAAGUAGUAUUAUUACAAUUGUUAUUUAUCAAUACAACUUUUCUACAGCUAUAAAAUUAACUAUUUAUAUUUAAAAACACAAUUUACGGAAUAAAUAGUACCUCUGCUGCUGGUCAGAUUUAUGAAUAUUAUGAAUAAAGCAGUCACUGUGCCUGAUUGGCUGUCAUAAUAAUGAUA